AUGAGUGGCGGCGCUCGUCUCGUUCGGCAAGGUGUGCACAGUCGCCAAGGUGCACGUCUGUAUAAAAUUGAUAAUAAUGAUAGCCAUAAGGUCUUCAAAAGAAUCGGAGCUGAACUGGCACCUGGUGGAGUCGCUGUCACCAAAAUGUUCUCUUUCAAUGCAAAAGUUGGUAGGAAGUGCAAAUCCGAACAAUUGAACUAUGACCCUCCAUUAUCUAUUAAACUGUUGAGAAGGUAUACUUUCAGUGAUUGUCCUCAUUGGUUUUAUCUUAUAGAAUAA